AUGGCAUCUCAUGCUGCGAUGCUCUUGAAUCCCAAGGGCGCCAAAAGACAAGCUCAAAGCAAUGGUAAUCCUCCCUUUGCUUCUUCCCCAGCGAGUGAUUUGUCUCCCGUGGAUGCUGUCGCUAUAUCCCGCGAGUUUCCCUCGGACAACACUAGGCCCGUGACUUAUUCUUCUGCGCUUUCAUAUCCUGCUUUCCCUGAUGCUUCUUCUCAUGUUUCUACACCUACUCAUGUGAACACAAUGGAUACUUCGGCCAUGCCUAGAGUCCUUCUUGACACCCAGAUGGACACUCGACCCAUGUCUGCGGACAUGAUGCAUUCGGCUGAAUUUCGUCUCCCUACUGCUCCUCAGAUGGAUACUUCGGUUAUGCAUACAAAGUCUCUUUGGCCAACCGACUCUGUUUCCCCUUGUGCUCUCAAUUCACUUGAUCCACCUUCAAGUCUUUCUUCCCACAAUUCAUCUUCUCUUGUCACUUCUUCUCCGACAGACCCCAUGCAUCUCGACCCCACGGAUUCCCAGGGCUUACUUUUGGAAUGUACAGGAAAACACCAGGGAAAUGGUUCAUCUCCUGGCUCUCCCAUGGCUACCGCGGGCACUGCAGCCGAUACACGCUUUCACCAAUCCACUAUUCGCACAUCUCCAAGUGUGCCGUCGAUCUCGACCCCGGUUGUGAAGCCAGACUCCAAUCUGACAGUGCAGUUCACCACCACCCAUGACGAGGACAUGGAAAGCGACACGAAAAGAAGUCACCGCGAGAUGAGUGAGGACGAAGACAUGAUCUAUCGACCCAAUUUGAUCGAAAAUGUCUAUGGAGUCGAAAAACGGAAGAACCAACCGACGAAGAAGGUCAAAACCGAGCAUGAGAAACCGAACAUGGCGAACGGACCGGUCUCAAUCUCUGGAAAUAGCGGGCUUGGGAAGUGGAUGAAAGAGGAGGAUGCGAAACCAACACCAAUUCCCACUACACUCAACGUGGUGGAUUUGACAGCGGACCUUGCGAACACACCUAAGGAAGAUGACGAAGUCCUAUGCACUGGUUCAACAGAUCUCAGCGCCCAGCGUGUCUGCUUCGGCAAGAUUGAAAACGCAAUGAUCAUGGCCCAUACAGUCCCUAGACCCGGACCCUCUGUUUUCACCGACUGGUCGCACGCUUGGCCGUCUAUCAAAUUAGACCUGCGACGCCAGCCCGUGAAAGGCAAUUUUCAGAUCGACGUCGCGGACCCCCACGGCAAAGUUUUCGGUACAAUUGAUCCUAAAACGGCACAAGGGCUGUGUCCGCUCCUGGACUCCGAAACAGAUUUUAUCGAGGUGACAGCCUUAUUGGAUAUCCGGAGAACCUCGCCGAAUGAAGAAAUUUGGGCUCCUACCUCAGGGCUGUGGCGUGCAACCCUCAAUAUCUACGGCCAACGAAAGCACGCAGAGGCUGUCGGCAAUUUCCUCUCUCACCGCAACAUCUGGCUGGGUCCUCCGAAUUCUGUGGACAAAGGAACUACUGUGUUCAACCCACAUGCAGAGAGCCGACGCCAGCUUGCCGCCGCAAGCGCUGCCGCCAACAACUCCGCACGGUCACGCCCAGGGCCAGUCGUCCGAUAUGAAGCGCGAACUGCUGAAGAGGCUAAUGAUGCAGUCAUGAAGAUGUUCGACCAGCUUGCCAACGCGAACAUUCCGACGAUGGAGCCGUCUGAUCACAUCACCACACCGAUGCUCCAUCACCAAAAGCAAGCCCUUUGGUUUAUGACAGAGAAAGAAAAGCCGCGCAAAUUUGGCCGAAAAGAAGAAGACAAUAAUUCCUUGUGGCGAAUGGAACUUGCGCCCAACGGGAGGACCCAGUACCGCGAGAUCAUUACUGGUAUGAUUUCAGAGCAAAAGCCCGAGGAGGCCCUAGGUGGGUUGUUGGCUGAUAUGAUGGGCCUGGGUAAGACUCUGAGUAUUCUUUCGUUGAUCACCUCAUCGCUUGGGUUAGCUCAAGAAUGGACCGAUAUGGCUCCUGAUCCCGUUCUUGUUCGCCGAGCUCCGGGAAUUCGCAACACACGAACAACACUAUUAGUUGUCCCGUUGAGUGCAGUGAGCAACUGGGUUACACAGAUCAAAGACCAUCUGAAGCCAAACUCUAUCAGCUACUAUGUCUUCCACGGCCCAUCGCGCAUCACUGAUUUCAAGGCGCUUUCCGAAUUUGAUAUUAUUAUCACGACAUACAGUACCAUUCUCAGCGAGAUCUCGGGGCGUGGUGCCAAAAGUGGAAAACUCAGUCCUUUGACAAAAAUGAACAUGUUCCGAAUCGUUCUUGACGAAGCUCAUAUCAUCAGAGAACAAAAUGCAGCGCAGACCAAGGCGAUCCUUGGGCUCCACUCUGAGCGUCGGUGGUCGGUUACCGGAACCCCAAUCCAAAACCGCAUGGAAGAUCUCCUGUCCGUGACCAAGUUUUUACGGAUUGCUCCUUACGACCAACGAAGCCAAUUUUCCCAACAUGUAUCCAACCCGGUCAAAAAUGGUGAUCCCAAUGUACUUGCGAGGCUGCGAGUUCUGGUAGAUUCAUUCACCUUGCGCAGAGUCAAGGACAAAAUCAAUCUACCACCCAGGGAAGACAAUGUCAUCACACUAGAUUUCAGUGAGCAAGAACAGCAAUUGCAUGAGUUCUUCCGCGCGGAAUCAAAUGUGAUGAUGAGUGUAAUUGCUGGUCAGGACAAACGCAAGAUAGGUGGCCGGAUGUAUCACCAUGUCUUGAAGGCCAUGAUGAUUCUCCGCCAAGUCAGUGCACACGGGAAAGAGCUUCUUGACAUUGCAGACCGGGAGAGAGUCAAGGGAUUAUCUGUUAACGAUGCAAUUGACUUGGAGGAGAACAAACCGGAGGACAGCCCGGCAGCCAUAGACAAGAAGGCAUAUGAGAUGUUCGCCCUAAUGCAGCAAGCUUCAGUCCCCCGAUGUGGCAAUUGUAAUCGAGAACUCGAUGAACCUUUGAGUCCAAUGGGAGCUGUCGACCGUGACGCUCCGAUGGCUAUUGUCCUACCAUGUUUCGAUAUCUUCUGCCCCGGUUGCUUCUCUGGCUGGAAACAAACCUACGAUUCGCAUCCCGAGACUGAGACGCGUUGCCCGAGGUGCGAAGGCUGGAUCAACUUGAAAUACUCGACCAUCACGCCUGCUGGCUUUGAAGAAUACGAGACCCAAAAGGAAAGUGAGCGGCAAACCCGGAAGCUGGGCAAGAAUUUGGGUGAAUACGAAGGACCGCACACCAAAACCACUGCAUUGGUCAACUAUCUCAAGCAAAGUGUUGAAGACAGCAAGAAGCUUGAAGGCGAGUCGCCUAUCAAGAGUGUUGUGUUUUCCGGAUGGACCUCCCACCUGGAUCUCAUUGAGAUUGCCUUGCAAAACAACGGGCUUGACGGGUUUACCCGACUUGAUGGUACUAUGACUCUUGCAGCACGCACAAAGGCUCUCGAGGAAUUUGCCAACAAUGACAAUAUCAAAGUUCUUUUGACAACCAUUGGUGCCGGCGGUGUCGCCCUCAAUUUGACUUCUGCCUCGCGCGUCUUCAUCAUGGAGCCGCAGUACAACCCGGCUGCCGUUGCUCAAGCGAUUGACCGUGUUCAUCGCCUUGGCCAAACUCGCCCCGUGCAAACCUUCCAAUUCGUGAUGAGGGGCAGCAUUGAGGAGAAGAUAAUGGAGCUUGCUAAAAAGAAGCAAGAGAUGGCUGACACGAGCUUGAACCGCGUCAAGCGGGACAAGCGCGAGACCCAAGAGGCUCGCAUGCGUGAAUACCGCAAUCUUUUCAAGUAA